CGGUCCGACAUGGCGACCGAGAAGACGCAUCGUCUCGGAGCUCUCUCCAUCUGAGAAUCGUUAUUCCUGAGUAGCGAGACUGCCGCGAUAGUUUAAUAGAACGGCGCAGUACACCUUGGAAACUACCCUUUGGAAUAUAACAUUUAAAACUACUUUCUGAAGCCAGGCACCAUGGUGGAGCCAGACGAGAGACCGUCCAACGCAGGCCAGCGGCUGGGAGCUCCUGAGAGCCUGGGCAUCAGUACCCUGGAGCCUGGGCAGCGCCCGCCAACCAUGCCCCCUGGCCGCCAGGUCUCCGUGCGGGUCCAGAUGCUGGACGACACUCAGGAAGUGUUUGAGAUCUCGCAACGGGCCUCGGGAAAGUUCCUUCAUGAGCUUGUGUGCGCUCACCUUAACCUUGUGGAAGGGGACUACUUUGGGCUGGAGUAUCAGGAUCACCGCAAAAUGAUGGUGUGGCUGGAUCUCCUCAAGCCAAUAGUGAAACAGAUCAGACGGCCCAAAAACACAAUACUGAAGUUUGUGGUGAAGUUCUUUCCCCCAGACCACACACAGCUCUCAGAAGAACUUACCAGAUACUUGUUUGCGCUGCAGAUAAAGCACGACCUGGCCUGUGGGCGCCUGACCUGCAACGACACCAGUGCUGCUCUCCUGGUGUCCCAUAUUGUUCAAUCUGAGGUUGGUGACUUUGACGACGUCCAGAGCCGACAGCACCUCCUCAACAACAAGUACAUUCCUGACCAGGACGCCCUGAUGGACAAGAUUACCGACUACCAUCGCAAGCAUGUUGGACACACCCCAGCCGAGUCAGACUUCCAGCUGCUGGAGAUCGCUCGUCGGCUGGAAAUGUACGGAGUGAGGCUCCAUCCGGCCAAGGAUCGGGAGGGAACCAAACUCAGUCUCAGCGUGGCCCACACGGGGAUCCUGGUCUUCCAGGGACACACAAGAAUCAAUGCUUUUAACUGGUCCAAAGUGAGAAAGCUGAGCUUCAAGAGGAAGAGAUUUCUAAUCAAACUGCGGCCUGACUUAAAUGUAAGUCUGUCCAGAAGCACUCCACUGGACACGGAGAAUACGCAGAGCAACUGCCAGGACACGUUGGAGUUCAUGAUGGGUAGUCGAGACUGCUGCAAGAUAUUCUGGAAGAUCUGUGUGGAGUACCACGCCUUCUUCCGGCUGUUCGAGGAGCCCAAACCCAAGCCCAAACCCGUGCUGUUCACCAGAGGGUCCUCCUUCAGGUUCAGUGGACGCACACAGAAGCAGGUGAUCGACUAUGUGAAAGACUCUGAAUUUAGAAAGGUCCCCUUUGAAAGGAAACACAGUCGGAUCCAGUCCAUAAGCAGCCUAUCUCCGAUGACAUCCCAUCUCAGCUCAGAAGUGCCAAAAGAAAGGCCAAGAGCGAGCAGCCUUAACACAGACCGGACAGACUCCCCUCUUCGGCACGGCCGGGUCGCGGAGUCUGCCCAAGUAAUGGUGGAGAACCCGGCUCUCCAGCGCCACUUGCUCAGCCCGGUCUCCCAACCCAACGGUCACCACGAAGGGCCACAGGAGGACGGCGAUGCCAGGAGCCCUGCAUCUCUUUCAUCAAGGCAGCCUCUGCAACAACAACAACAACAACAACAGCAACAACAACAAUCACAACAGCAGCUGAAGCAGUCAUCUGAUUACGUCAACACAGGUCAAACCCCACGAUCAGCCCAGGGCAGCAGUUCUUCCAUCCCUUACAUUGACAGCAGUGAUGUAGAUAGCGAGUAUGAUGUGGUCAAGGGUCUCAUCACCAGGUGUCGCUCUCGCACUUACGGCAAUGAUGAGGACGUUCAAGUGGGCCGAAGGGGCAGGGAGGGCAUGGCCAAUGGGGUGUACCACCCAGAGAAGGCAGCCCGAGAGUUGGGCAAAAACAAAUUAAUGGAUUUAUCCCCGGUCAAUAAUCACGUGUUCACUCCCAGCCGUGACCUUCAGGACGGCGACGAGUUGUCCAACGGGUCGUUUUACGGGAACGGGUCCGCCCGUGCCGCUCUCCACAGCACUCUGGUGGAUGAGAUGUUCUACGCCGGGGACAGGCGUGGGCUUAUGACGGGGUCGUGUAAGACUAGGAGCGCAGCCUCCAGCCCCGUGGUGAACAGCUUCCACCGCACGGGCUCCCUUAGCCACGCCAAGCAGAAUGGCCACAAUGGUCACAAUGGCCGCUCCCAUCACUGGGAUGACGGUCAUUACUUGGCGAAUGGAAAGUUAGGGCCAGAUGGGCUGCAUUAUGGCAGCUACUCGCCCAUUACCAACCGCACCCAGCAUGGGCACAAGGGACAGAACGGCAUGAGGAACCGUUCAGACACCGACCCCAUGAUCCUUAGUCAGAUCAACUCGACUCCUUCACAUGAGCCGCAGCCAAACGUGUCCCGGGCCGAGCGCAUUGCCGCCAUCGAGCGGCGUAUGGCCACCAACGGGCUCAUGGUGCCCGGCCAGGCCCGGUCCAACACUGGGCCGAGGCUGUAUGGGAACCGGCUCGGCGCCAACGAUCACCUGAGCCCGGCCCAGAUGAUUGACGGCUCCACCAGCAGUGGCACGGAGUCUAGCGACACCGAGUCCGAUGCUGGUAGUGGGUCGUUUAGCCAUCCGCUGGUCUAUGGUAACCCAGCAGCGGUAAACACCUCCCCAAUGCCCAGGAGCAAGUUCUCCUUUGGCAGCCUUCAGCUCGAUGAGGAGGUGCCUGUAGUGGAGGAGGAUGGGUACGGUUGUCACCUCAAUGUGGAGGAGGGCACUAGGGUCUUCAGCUGUUAAUAGGUGUGCCAUUUGUCUUUGAUGGUACCCUUAUUCUAGCUAGGCCACUCUAUCAUUCUUAGCAUAGCAUAUUCCAACACAUGUAAAAUUUGUGUGAUGCCACAGAUGGAUGAGAUGGUAAUUGGGCUUGACUUCCACAAAUGAAUAACACUAUUGUUUCCAUUUGCUGUGGAGACAAAGCGUCAUCAAAUGAAUGGCCCUCAAGUUUAAAUUAACAGAAAUCCCUUUUGAAAUGGUUCCAUAACACACAUACUUUGCAUAUGUGAAUGCUAACCACAUCUUGCACUCCAAUUAUCCAAGAAUUAUCAGAAAAUAUCAAAAAUUGUCUCUCUAGAUUCCUCAUAUUGGAGACAUUUAAAAAGAUUGAUUCAUUGUGCCUAGUGCCAAAUGUCUUUUAAACACAUUCAUUGCAUACAAAUCUAGUAAUUUCAUCAGCUUCACAGAUGACUGAUCUGUUCACAUCACAAUAUGAUAGAAUGGGCUGUUGCAUGAUAGCCGAAAAAUGCAUGUUAUUGCGUCAACCACAUGGUGAAAAUUAGCCCUAACAAAUCUCAAUGCCUUUGUAAAUGACUAAAACUCAACUCUAAUAGUUCUCCUAUCUUGAAGAUAAUCCAGUAUGCAAUUAUUCUGAAUAUGCAUUUCACAUUUGUGACUGCAUAUGAUUGACUAGGAUUUGUAGUAUAGACAGAAUCACAGUUUUUAAUCUGUGUAAAAUGUGUGAAUUGUAGAGACUUGAAAGAAAAUAUGUUUAAAAUAUAUCAAUACAUUCUAUAUACAUAACUAUAUAUCCACAGUAAUAUAUAGUCCCUUAGUGUAAGUUUGGGAUGUGUGCCAUAGUCUGCAUACCAUGGCAUGUUUCCAAAUAAGGAGAUAUCUUUAUUGAUUGAGUGUGGUAAUUAACUGUAAUGAAUGUUGACAUAGUUCUCUAUUGGAUACACAACUUCAGUUAUGUACAGUAAGCCACAGAAGUCAUUUAAAAAAACAACAUUGGUGGCAUUCUUUUGAAAGUACAAAGUAUUUGUCUUGUGAGGUCAGCUAGAAGUUUAACUGUUUAGGUGUUUCUUUAGUUACACUUCCUUAUAGCUUUAUAAAUCUGUAGGGCUACAAGUCCCAUUGUAGACUACCGGUAUAUGUUUUACAGAAUUACCAUUUGGAUGGCCUUUUGGCCAUUAGAUCUGUGAUAUUAGCUCUUUUCUACAUCUGUCUCUUUCUCAGUCUAAGGGUGCAGAUCCAGGCUGAAGUUACUCAUAACUACUGAUAGCAAGAUCUGUUUUAUUAUUCAAAAGCCUGAUUUUGAAUAACGUGCUAAACCUUAUCACUAUCACCAUGACAACAACAGUUAAUGGCAACUUCUUGCAACACCACUGGUGCCUGGCAUGGCUUGAGAGAGCUAUCUUGCAUGUGUGGCUUGCAAAUGCUUUGCAUGAACUCCAUUCAGUUUUCGAUUUGUUUGAUCUGUGUUAUUGUAUCUGCGGCCGUUCUCUUUUGUAAUAAUGGCAUUAUUGUGGUCAUUGGAUGCUUGAUUGCAUCACUCGUCAUUUGUUUGCUUUGUUUUUCAAAACUGAAAACAGAAUAUCCAGUGUAAUGAUUUCCCCAGCAUGUUUCUUUACUCUAGGGACAUUACUUUCUUACUGUAACUUUUUUUUUUGUUUCUUCUUACUGUUUUUCUGUACUUUGUUCUUAUUCUGCUAAAAGCAUGUCAACCUGUUGCUUUCCUGUCACUCUGUUACUUUUUCCCUAUUUCCUAUUAAAUGCCAAGACAAGACUUUCUUUCCCUUGACAUGUAGUGGUGUCAUUAACGGAAGAGAAAUGGUACAGACGCACAGUGAUGAGAAGGCUCUACGAUUACCAGUGGACCAGUUAAGCAAAACUAAGGGACUAAAAUGAAAGAGAAAAAUAAUGAUUCUGCAUGUGAAUAUGUCUGAGGCUGCUCAUCCUUUAACGUUACAAAACGAUGAACUGAAAGAUUAAAAACACAUUCUUGUUAGAAAAGAGACGGUCUUUUGUGCCAUAAAAAAUGAUUAUGAAGGUUUGAGUUGAAUCCGUUAAUGAAUCACUGCUUUUCUGAAGGGAAUCCAAGUCUUGACUUGAAAAGCUUUUUUUCUUGGGAGGUCUUUGCGCAACCUUGUCAAACCGUCCAGAUUUGGUGGACCCAGACAACUCAUGUCUGCUCAGACACUGUUUGUUUGAAUAGUGCAGCUGCUUUGGUCUCUUGCAUGUUUGACAAAUUACAGAGCAUAUGUGUAUGUACCAUAACUGAUGGUACCAGUGGGUGGUUGAACGUUGUAUGACCUAAAUGUACCUGCAUUUGGCAUGCUCCUUUAAACAGUCCAAUUCAUUUGCAUGACCUCUUUAACAGUUUUUUUUCCUGUACCCUUACUGACACUCAGUCUAAUGGACUCUCAGCUCAUGUAAUAUCUUAUGUCUUUAUAAGUCUUUUAUACUUCCAAGAUUAAGCAGGUUGUAAAUGAAGCAUUUUAAGUCAAAUGUAAAUCAAACUUUUAAUGUCCUUAAAGUAGACUUAGUGUAUGGUGUUUCUUUAAUCCAAAAUGCUAACAAAGACAUGCUGGAAGUCUAUUUAGCCUAAUUUGUACAGUUGAAAUGUGGAAUUGUUUAAUUGUGUCUUAACAUUUCACAACUUUACCAGUAACCAGCUAUGUUUUCACUGAAUGACUUAACAAAAAAAAAAGUAUAUGAAGAAUAUAUUGAAGUAAGCAAGCUGAGUCUUCAGACCAGAAGCUGUAGGUGGACCACUAAACAUUUAUCAGGAUAUAUAAGAAAGGACUCUCGUAGAUCAGGGAUCCUUCAUAAUCCACUGGCUUUUCCUUCUUCACUUGUGACAUAUCUGUACAUUUUGUCUUUUGGGUUUUCUUGUGGUGUUAACGUCCAUUAGACUCUCAUUACUGUCUCGCUCAUGUUUGUCUGUGAAUUGUCUUGUAUGGUAUACUUCUUUAACAUGGUUUUUAACUCUGCACUAGUGGCAAUAAAAAUCGAGUUUUGUGAAGCACGACUCCAAGCGUC